AUGCGUUUCUCUAGCAUAGCCACUAUCAUUCAUGUUGCAAGCGUCUGCGUGACAACUCUGGCUGCCUAUGCGAAGAGUCAUGAUUAUGGGGAGAUUCAAGGAUUUGUUUGUGACGAACGCUUUAUUAGUCAGCGCGAAAUCUUACAGGCACGACAAAUUCUGGCAACAACAAAGAUAACAGAUAGUGCAAUAUUCAGACCACUAAAUGACAAACUCAACAGUGCAUUGCGAGAUCCAGAAGAUACCAGAUUUAUCAUGUUUCGGUAUCCCAACGCCGAUAACUAUAAGUUUUACUUCCUAAACUCAAUAGAAGAGGUGUACGAUAACCCAGGUUGGCCGAUAAUCAAGCGCAAUUAUAUUCUAGUCCUCGACGAUUAUAAUCACUCAUGUGCGAUGUUUAGAAGAGAAACAAGCCACCAAUAUUUACAAUCGCCAGGCUGGUUGGGUCCUGACUCUACCUUUAUAUGCACCCUUGUUUAG